UGCCAAUGCCAGGCGUCUGCUUCACGAGCUUCAGGAGGCACAAACCCUAAACCCUACUAGUCGAGAACCCUAAAUCACAAGUGGCAAACCUUCCAAAAGUUUGGUUGCUUUUUCAGAAUUUUCUGUUUUGCACACAGAGAUGGCUGCACAUUCACAACUCUGGCAACUCCAAAGGUGUAAACAGCUCGUUGAAAAGCUGUAGAGGGUGCAGCUAGAGGCGCAAGACCGCUCACCUGUUUAGUAAGCUUGAAACGAGGUUAGUAACAUUGCAGGUAAACAGCAUUGCUUUCAGCGGCAUGGGCUUUGUCUACGUAUCCUUUUCUUCAUACAGAUAUGGCGGUCCAAAACGUUGACAAUUGAUAAAACUCUGUUGCCUCGAUCCAUGCUUGAGCUGAUCUCCUACUUGGGUCAACUUUGCUCCAAACCUGGUGUUGCUAUGAUGACCACUUUGCGCAGCCACAUUGUGGGGUUCACAUUAGUAGCGGCGCUUCUCUCCGUGUGCCACAUUGCGGCUGCGGCUGUCAGUGGUGAUCAGUGCAAGGCCCAAGAGACUCAGGCUGUUGCAAUCAAUGCGUACGGAAGGCGCUUGUCGAUAGACGAUGAGAGUACACCGUUCUAUCAGCCAACAGACUCCCUGGCAUCUCCCCGCUUCUCUGGAGUAAGGACGUAUGCCCGCCUGCCCCAUGUCACCUCCAUGGAGGGGGUGGACGUCGCAGUCUUUGGCAUCCCCUUUGAUACCGGUGCCAGCUUCAAGAUAGGCCAGCGCUACGGCCCCGAAUCCGUUCGCAGCGCCUCCCACCUGCUCCGUCCCUACAACCCCGAUGUCAACGUCACCGUUUUCGGCGCCCUUUCCUGUGUCGACUUCGGCGACGUGUCUGUCGUCCCUGGUUACAUCCAGGCAAGCUAUGCGGCGAUGGAAAAGGACAUCACAGAGCUGGCGGAAGCGGGGGUGGUAACGCUCGGCUUUGGGGGCGACCAUUCUGUUACGCUGGGGGAGCUGCGGGCGCUGGCAAAAGUGCACGGGCCGAUGUCGCUGGUCCACUUCGACUCGCACAGCGACGUGUGGGACAGCUACUUCGGCAAGAAGUACAACCACGGGACGCCCUUUCGGCGUGCCGUUGAGGAGGGCCUCUUGCUCCCCAGCAAGUCGAUCCAGAUUGGGAUGCGGGGACCGCUUUACUCAGCAACGGACCGAAAGGACGCCACCGACUUGGGCUUCAACGUCCUCACCACUUCCGACCUCGCCUCCCUCAAACCGCUCGUGCUCGGCGCGGCGGUCCGGCGGAUCGUGGGCGCGAGCCCUGCCUUCCUCUCGUUCGACGUCGAUUUUUUCGACCCGGCAUAUGCCCCAGGAACGGGCACGCCCGAAGUCGGCGGGCCGUCCACGCAAGUAGGCCUGGGUUACCUCCGGGCACUGAGAGAUAUCAAUUGGGUUGGGGGGGAUGUGGUGGAGGUGUUACCUGCUUUGGAUCAUGGUCAGAUAACGGCCCAUGCCGCCGCUCAAGUUGGUUUCGAGUUCUUGUCGCUGGUUGCCGCGCGAGCGGAGGCUUUGAGGACGGUGAGGGCGGAGUGCGAUGCGUUGCGGAAAGAUAAGGAAGAGUUGUAACCAGAGCCGUUGUAAAGCAACCCACCAUGCAGAUACGAGAACACCAAGCGUCUUUGGAAGCUGACUCGACCAAUGAUAGCCGAUCAAGACCCAAAAACAAUCUUAGUGACCUAACAAAAGUGCGAUGCACCCUGAUGUGACAUUGAUUGCUUGAUUUAGAAUGAAGCUUAUGACGAAUCUAUACUAAUUCUGAAAUUGAAGUCAGAGUGGAGAGUGCCGACACC